AUUCUUUAACACACGGGAUCCAUCAUUAAAAGUCUUAGCAAGUUCGGAAGCCUCAACUCCGCGGCACGACCCUUUUCUUCCUUCCUUACUCUCACCCACUCCCGCUUACUAAACUCUUGACAAUACCGCGAUGAACACAACCCCUAAUUCCUCGCCUUAACCUUCGUUUUUCAUGAGAUUUCUUCGAUUUCUUAUCGUUUUGAGUCGAAAAAAUUUGUGGGUUUUGUUCAGAAUCAGGUUCUGAAUAAUGGGUAACAGCCUGAUUUGCAAGUCAAAGAAGGAUGUGAAAGAGAUUGGAUCAAGAAGCAAGAGAAUGGGUCGGUCGCAGAGGAAGUUGCAGAGCGAGGAAGAGUUUUUGAAGAAGCAAGCACUCUCGUUGGCUCUGCAACAGCUUCAAUUGUCUCAGAGGUUUGAUGGAUCCACUUCGAAAAGAAUUGGGUCGACAAGUUCUCGAAGACAUAAUCUAUCCGAUCCAUUCUGUAAUGGGAAGCAGAAUCCGAGCAAGAGAGUUUCGAGAGCAGAGGUGACUUCAGGUGAAGCAAAUCUGCAGGCACUAGAUUUUCUUGAAAACGUAAAGGAAAAGAAAUUUGUUUUAGUUCAUGGUGAAGGGUUUGGAGCUUGGUGUUGGUACAAGACAAUUUCUCUACUGGAGGAAGUCGGAUUGUCUCCAAUAGCCAUUGAUCUCAAAGGCUCUGGUAUUGAUCUAACAGAUACAAACAAGGUGGAUAGUCUAGUUGAGUACUCAAAGCCAUUGAUUGAGUAUCUACAAGGCCUUCCUGACAACGAAAAGGUUGUUCUAGUUGGGCACAGUAGUGGAGGUGCUUGUGUUUCUUAUGCUUUGGAACAUUUCUCAAACAAAGUAACGAAAGCAGUUUACAUUUGUGCAACGAUGGUGGGUGAUGGGCAGAGACCUUUUGAUGUGUUCAUGGAAGAGCUUGGAUCUGAAGAGAUUUUCAUGAAAGACUCAAAGUUUUUGAUCUAUGGGAAUGGAAAAGAUGAACCGCCUACAGGAUUCAUGUUUGAGAAAGAACAAAUGAAGGGGAUGUACUUCAAUCAAUCUCCUACCAAGGAUGUGGCUUUGGCAAUGGUUUCAAUGAGACCCUUCCCAUUGGGUCCAGUCAUGGAGAAACUCUCACUGUCCCCUAAAAACUACGGAACCGGGCGUCGAUUCUUCGUUCAAACGCUCAAUGAUCGCGCACUCUCACCUGAUAUACAAGAAAAGCUGGUCAGGGAAAACCCACCUGAAAGAGUUUUCAAGAUCAAAGGCAGUGAUCAUUGCCCUUUUUUCUCUAAGCCACAAUCACUCCAUAAGAUCCUCCUGGAAAUUGCUCAAAUUCCAUAAACUAGGCUUCUCACUCUCUCAAUCUGUCUCAUAGAAAGAACAAAACAAAGCUUUUGUGCUCCUUGAUUUGAUUUUGUAAGUUAUUUAUUUAUAUAGCAGAACCAAAAAAGAUAACAGGGCAUAAUAAAAUCAUGGAUUUGUGCUA